AUGUUUCUUGGGCGCCGGUGGCACUUGAUUGUCGAAGCCUACCAUGAAGUUUGCAAGAAGUUGGAAAUUUCCGCGCCGUCGCAGCCUAGCAUUCUCUUCUUGGUUUCUAAUCACUCAUACUGGGAAAGGACAAACCCCAAAAAAUGGACUAUCGCCCUUACCGCUCUUUGCAAUCGACAACGCUUUUACCAGGAUACUAUCCAGCACAACACGCAAACCAAGGUAUUACUGGGAAAACUUAAAGGUAUGUCGAUCGAUCAGUUUGCGACGCAUAAUAACACUGCUGGCUUCUGUCUAAUAUCAACAAUAGAGCGUAUAAGGUUUAUCGAAACCAGCGUCUAUGCAAGGCCGAAUCCUUCCGUACGACCGUACACUACCAGAAGACUGAAACAAAUGUCGGCAAACCACAUGUCAGUCCUUCCCGUCACAGGAAGGGCUACCUCUGUUGCUGGGACGCACACUGGACUGACAGCUAAGGCCUUCGCCUUGCUUUUGUUACUGUCGUUCUCGAUAAAGCCAGGAGGUUCAUUGCGCAUAGGGCUGCUAAAGCUAGCUGGCUCAACGAAACUUCGAUGGGAUGAUAAUGGCUACCCGCUCGAAGACCCUGCAUCAUCCGCGGACUUGAAGUCUGACAUCGCACAGCUGCUUUGCAGCAAGGCUGGCCUCGAGCGCGCUUUUGACGAGCUGUAUGCAGCCGGUGUUGCGUCGCUGGCUUCGGACGAUCCCCCAACAGUAACAAUUACUGCCACUGGCUACGAGAUGCUUGCAGGAAAAUGUGAAGAAGCUGACAUCGGUUCCUGGAAACGCCAGGCACUAAUUGUUGCAUGUCGCGCUGUUUCGUUCAAAUAUCUUGGAUUCCCUAAUACUGUCGAGGAGCGGACAUCACUCAAAUCAUACCUUGAACAUACUCUGAAGGCGCUGCGCGCUCAUUACCGUGGUUUCGAGGACCUCUCGCCAUUCACCAGGGUGGAAGUGGCCUUGUGCCUUAUAGAAGCAUCUCGUUUCCCGGGCAUGGCGUGGAAACGUUCGAUUUUGGUCUGGGCCAAAGAGGUCAUGGGUCACUAUGACGACGUUUACGUUGACUACGGCAUGUCACAGCGCUUAACUGUUGUCCGAAGACUGGAAGGCGAUUUGCCCACAGCUCGACAGACUAUUAAUCGGCUGUUAACACAUGACGCUAGUAGACAUGCUCAUUACGAGGAGAAAGGACAUCUAAGUGCAGUCACUGGGCAUGCAGUUGUCGAGCAAGCUCUCAACUGUUUCCAGGAAGAGCAGCUAGCAACAGCAAACAGCAUCCUCAGCUCUUGGAAACCACUUUCUAAUCCACCUUGCCCGGCAGAAAAUACCGUAGUUUUCCGCGGCGAACUACUCCGCGCCAAGAUAUCACGCUACCAAGGGGAAUUCGCUAGAUCCCUUGCGUCGAUUCAAAUAUGCAGAGAGAUUGUCUCUCAGCAUCAUCCGAAGACGAUAGUGUUGGAAGAUGACUUGGCUUCUUUGGCUUGCGAACAUGCAGAUGCCCUCCGUGAGCUCGAUCGUCUUCAAGAGGCUGAAGAAAUACUAGAUGAGGCUCUAGCAACAUCUCUUGGCGUGGGGGAUCUCCAGGUUUUGUCUCUAUGCCGUGCAGAAGUCCUUUUUGCUCAAGAUCGGCUUGAUGAAGCUAAAGCUGCUUGCCAAGAAUAUGCAACUGCCGUGUCAUUGACCAAGAUGGCCAAAUUACGUCUAUGUAUUACCCGAGCCAAAAUUUCCCACUUACAAGCUGAGUGGAGCGAUGCUUUAUUUUGGUGGACAGAGGCUUUGAAGACGAUUGCAAAGUUUCCUCCCACGAGUGGUCACGCAACAUGGGCCAUUCAUGUCUCUGUAGCACACAUUUUGCAACAUCAAAAUGCCGAUCUGAGGAUGAACGGAGAGACUCAGGCCCGCGGUAUAGCAGAUCUAAAGAAGCUCGCCACUAAGUCUGAAGCAUUAUGCUGGAUUGCUGGAUUACGGCACUGGUACACCAGCGCUAGUCCAUAUCCGUGCUGUGAAAUCCGGGGAUUCUAUGACCGGGAUCCUGCCCAGCUUCUUAUGCUUACUACUAAUGUAAUGGCUGCCAACCCCUGGCCAACACGAUCCGCAGCCAGUCACACGUCGGCAAUCCAGGAGUACUUCACUCAGCAUUGCCUCUGGGCAUUUUUGAAGGUCCAAUCGUAG